AAAAAUAAAAUYUUAUAUUUAGUUUUCCCGUUUGUAACAUCUUUUCUUCAUUUGUUAACGUCUACUACUAUCGACACCAUUAUGUCGACGCCAUUGCUCUUCAGCAACAAUAGCGUUAAUCAUCAACCGGUCAGUCAGUAUUUGGUUGAGUUCAGGGCCGGCAAAAUGACUGCCGAACGCACUGGACCUAAGAAAAUGAUGUUAAAACCGGUAAAAGAGCGCAAAGGACUACUGUAUGUCCAGCAAACUGACGAUCAAUUGAUGCACUUUUGUUGGAAAGAUAGACAAACCGGUCAUAUAGAAGAUGAUCUGAUUAUAUUUCCGGGUGAUAUCGAGUUCAAGAAAAUAAGUCAAUGCAAGACUGGCCGCGUAUUUGUUCUCAAAUUCAAAUCCAAUGACAGACGACUGUUCUUUUGGAGUCAAGAGCCCAAAGUGGACAAAGACGACGACUAUGUGACCAAAAUCAACGAUUAUCUCAAUAACCCUCCGGUUAGAGAUGCAUCCCAUGAUAGCAAUGUCAGCAAUGAUCAUCACGAAGCCAUCGAYUUUAACGAAUUGUUACAUUUGCCGCGACAACAGCUUCACGACAGGAUAAUGAAUAUGUCACAGAAUCAGGUCAAUGAACUAAUGAAUUCACUGGGAAUGCCACCGCCGACUACAGAACAUCGGUCUCGACCACGCAGUCCAUCACCACAAAGUAGUCAAUCAAGUAGUAGUUCGAGCGCUUCGUCAGCUGAUAAUCGUCAAUAUAGCGGUCAGUUGGCUUCAGAGGGAACGGGAAUACAGUUAAAUGACUUACAGAGAGUUAUCAAUGAACUCAAUGCAUCUAACAAUCAAAACCAAAGUCAAACUGAAGCACAAACAGAUCCAGUAUUGCAGUCAAACGUCAGAGAUGAACAUAAAUCGAAAGACAAAAAGAUUGACCACAAAAAUGAUACAAAAAAUUUAGAAAAAAGUGAUCGAAAGAGUAAGAGACCAAAAUCUGUACCGAAAAAUGCAUCAAAAAGUGAUAUAAAAACCGCAACAAAGAUUCAGUCAAAGACUGAGACAAAGGAUGAGACCAAGACUUUAAAGAGUGUCAAAAGUCAAACAAAAAUUCCGAUAAAUAAAACAACAAAAAGUUUACCAAAAAUUGAAAUUAAAAGCAAAUCAAAAAGCAAACCAAAAGAUGUUUCAGCAAAGAUUGGUUCUAAAAGUGAUCUAAAAACAACUGAUCACAACAUUAGUGUCAAAAAAGAUCCCAAAAGUGAUCUCAAAAUUGAUUCAAAAAGUGUUCCAAAAAUUGCAUCAAACAUUAGUCUCAAAAGUGAUCCCAAAAGUGAUCUGAAGUUUAAUUCAAAAAGUGCUCCAAAAACUGGUCUCAAAAUCAGAUCCAAAAGUGAUUCCAAAAGUGGUCUCAAAAGUGAUUCCAAAAGUGAUCUCAAAAAUGAUUUCGAAAGUGACAAACAAAUAAAAAUUGAGUCCAAAGAGAAAAAAGCGAAGUCAUCGACAAUAAGAUUGAAACUGAAGAGCAAACCAGAAAAGACAUUAAAUGGUGUUCAAACCAGAAGUAUGUCUCGAAAGAAGAACAAUCAGUCUAAAGAUGACACAAAAGGGUCAAAGAAAGACUCAAAAGAUGACAAAAAAGUGUCAAAAAAGGACUCAAAAGAUGACAAAAAGCGUAAAAAGGGUUCAAAAGAGUCAAAGAAGUAA